AUGUUGAAGUACGGCGUUAUCAACCUUGCUUUCCGUGGCUACUUGGUGGCUACUUACGGGGAGGAGACAUGGGAAAAGAUCAGACAGCUGGCUGGGGUAGAAGAUUCCUACUUUAUGAACACGCCUUACGAUGACGCCAUCAUGGAGAAAAUGGCCAUGGCGGCAUCUCGGAUACUAGGUCUGGACGACAGCACAGUCUUUCAGCAGUACGGAGAGUACUUCAUAGAUUUCUGCAUGGAGGCAGGCUACGACGCCAUCCUGCGGGCUCUGGGAGGCAACCUGCUGGACAUGCUGGACAACCUGGACUACAUGCACUACGGCUACCUCACCAUUACCUACACGGAGAUGAACGCGCCGUCCUUCCAGGUGGAGCGGCUGAAGGACGGGGAGAUCCUGCUGCACUACUACACCGACAGGAAGGGAUACGCCGACAUGGUUAUAGGACAAGUCCGGGGUUGCGCAAGGAAGUUCUUCAACACAGAGAUAGACAUGAAGAUCGUGACGCACAGAUAUGAAGAGGAAAGGUCGUCAAAACGGGAGCACAUCGUCCUGUCCAUCAAAGAAACAACGUGUAAGAGAAUCAAAGGACCAGGGAGGAAAAUGAAACGGACAUAUACCAAUGAGACGAGCGGCACAGAAAAUGCUCAACUGCUCGCUCUAAACAGGUGGUCAGCCAUCAGGGAGGCGGUUGUGGAAGGACACGCCACCGACACGUUUGACGCUGUCUACCCCGAGCAGCUCCUAAUGGACAGCAAGACUUUCUGCGAGAUCUUACCGUUCCAUGUCGUCUUCGACGAAGAGUUGCAUAUCAAGCAGGUAGGAAGGAUCCUGCAAAAGUACCUGCCAGCUGUGAGGUUCCUUGGUGCGCGGAUGGACUCCUUUUUUCACAUUCUUCAUCCGGAAAUACAGUUUUACAUCGAGCAUAUCCGCGCCUCUAUCAACAGUCAGUUCAUAAUAGAGACCAAGCGGGAGAAAAUGCCCUCUUCGUGGGGUGGGAGGCCAACUCUCACCCUAAAAGGUCAAAUGAUAUGGUUGCCCCAGUACGACUGCAUGAUGUUCAUGUGUUCUCCCAAAGUGACAAGUCUGGGUGAACUUGAGGAGAUGAACAUGCACUUAUCAGACAUAGCACUGCACGACGUGCUGAGGGACUUCGUACUGCUCAAUCAACAGCGUAAGGUCGAGGCCGAUAUGUCUAAGCAGCUUGAGAUGAAGAAGGAGGAACUCCGGGGCAUGUCGGAAGCUCUGAAGGCCAUGCAGAAGAAGACAGAGAAACUUCUAGAGACCAUGCUGCCCAGGCCUGUAGCCGAGCAACUGAGGGACGGGAAGAAAGUAGAAGCAGCCUCUUAUGACGAGGUGACCAUCCUGUUCAGCGAUGUGGUCACCUUCACCAACAUCUGUAGCGAAUGUAAGCCCACCCAGGUCGUCACUAUGCUGAACGACAUGUACCUCCGGUUCGACAGGCUCACAACUGUGCAUGAUGUGUACAAGGUUGAGACCAUUGGUGAUGCCUACAUGGUGACAGGAGGUCUCCCCAUCCCCAUCCGCACUCAUGCCGAGAGAGUCGUCAACAUGGGCUUAGCUAUGCACCUAGCGGCCGCCAACGUAAAAUCACCUGCAACUGGGAAAAUCCUCCAGAUCCGUGUAGGAAUCCACUCUGGCCCGACCGUGGCAGGCGUGGUGGGGGAGAAAAUGCCGAGGUACUGUCUGUUCGGCGACACCGUCAACACAGCGUCACGGAUGGAGAGUCACGGAAUCCCCGGCAAAGUGCACAUCAGCAUGAAAACUUACAAAUUGAUAAAAGGACGUGGAUUUGUCUGCGCGUCGCGAGGUCCUACCGAGAUCAAGGGAAAAGGACUGAUGAACACCUACUUCGUGGAGUCCAGUUCCGCCACCGACCACCAACUAUUGGGCCUGCCUACUGACUCCACUACCGAUGUAGCCCAGGUGGAGGAGGGACAUCUUCUCAGAAUGCACUAUGCUGAUGAUAACGACUACUCGUCCAAUCAGAACUUCACCAGUUCUGUUAUAAGCAACGGUGAUAAAUUGGGACAUCAGCAGACACCCCUCCACGGGCGCAUCAGACGCAGUAUUCAGUCCAAACUAUGCACCGUGCUGUGAGACAACAAGGCAGUGUGAGCAGGUGUAAAAUAGCCCAUACACAGUUGCAGAGAAGCGCUGACUCGGGGAUGAAAAUACGUGUAAAAUCGUGUGAACUACCAUCUUUGUUUAAGUCUGGUUUGCGCAACUCAUAGU